AAAAGAAGUAAAAGUGAACAACAUAUCAAUAAACAAUCAUGAAAACUGUUGUGCUGUUUGUUUUUUGGUGAACAAAAUUAUGAUGUUAUCUCACUUACUUAUAUUCUCUUCUCGAGGUGAUAUCCUGAUUGAAGAAAAAUAUCGUUAUGAUAUACCUGAACAUGAUUUGAGGUCAUUAAUAAACAUUGUUUUGAAACAAAAGCCAAGUCAAUACUCACCUUAUUUUAAAUACAACAACAUUAAUGGAUAUGCUAUUAAAAAUGAAAAAGUAACUUAUUUAGCUGUAAGCAAAAAAGAGUUGCCUACUAUUAUAAUUUUGCAGUUUUUAGAAAAUUUUCAUUCAUUAAUAAGGAAUUUUUGUGGAGGUGCUUCAGAAGAUUAUAUUAACCGAAAUUUACUCCUAGUUUAUGAACUUAUGACAGAGUGUGUGGAUAAUGGUGUUAUCAAAGCAACUUCAACCGAGCAAGUCCGCCAUUCAGUUUAUAGCGAUCCAGUUUUUACGAAGAUAAGCUUUAAAUCUGAGGUGAAAAAACCAGGACCUUUUGGGCUGGAAAAAAAAUUUAUUCCUAAUCUGGCUGCCGAAAGACCAUUAGUAAAAUCUAGAUCUGAGCUGAUGAACUUGAAAAAUGAAGUGUUUGUAGAUGUUAUUGAAAAAAUAGUGGUCCAUCUUUCUAAAGAGGGAAUAAUUCAAAAGUACAAAUUGCAUGGAAUGAUACUCAUGAAAAGCUUCUUACCGCUUAGUCAUAAAAUAAUUGUGAAUUUAGAAGAUAAUUUAAAACAAGGUGACGUAAUGAAAGCGCUGAUUUUUGAGCAACAUCAUUUCAGCAGUUGCGUUGAUGACAAAAACUUUGAGAAACACAGAUCUUUUGUUGUAACGCCGUCCCAAGGUGAGGUUAAAGCAAUGACUUAUUAUUCCACGACUAGUGCUUCAUUUGUGCCAUUUAGACUUCUUUCGAUUGUUGAAGAUGUGGAUAAAAACAGGGAUUGUGAUUUAACUCUACAAUUGUCUUGUAAUUUGCCAUCUAACGUAGAAGCAUUGAAUGUUGUACUACAUAUACCUGUGCCAUCUACUACUAGAAAUGUUAUGCAGCAAUUUAGUAUGUUUGAGAACAGUGCGGAAUUCAUACAAAAGCAAAGGAAGAUUUUGUGGAAGCUAAAAAAGUUACCAGGGCAGGGUGAAGUUACAGCUAAAUUUAAACUUAUUGAAGGCCUGCAUGUUCCGGCUAAUCGACUAGAAAUAGGUCCCGUCUCUUUGGAAUUUGAAAUAUCUAAUACGACAUGCUCGGGACUUUUAAUAAGGAACCUGAAAGCUGAAGACCCGGCUGGAAAGCAAAUUCUCAUUCAGAAAUGGGUCCGAUAUGUUACUGUAGCUCAAUCCUAUGUUUUCCUUAUAUGAAUUGAAAUUUUUUUUUUAUUGUUAAUUGUUAUUUUAAUAAAGUAUUUAUUUUUA